UACAAUAACAGACGGCAGUCUGUGGCACGACUUCGGAACGUUCGCACGCUUUUCCCGUGGAAACUCGGUAACCUGUCGCGACAGUUGUAGGACUUGGGAGGGUUGAGUGUUUGAAUUCGAAACACGUGUGAGCGUUAAGACAUUCGUCCUGUGAAGCCGACGGCAACGGAGUGCAAUCUGGUGUGGACCGUUGUGACCAAUGAUAACGUGUUUUUUGGUGAACUUAGGAAAUAGCUGAGGGAACUCAGGAUACUAAAGCGUUCAACCAAGGAUACUAGAACGUGGUGACUGAAUGUUCAGUAAAAAAUAAAACAGACCGUUUAGAGGAGUACCAAACCAACACCAGGCAGCUGCAGUAACCAACGGCGUGAAAAAGAUAACAUCUUCAUCCUGAAACCGAUCUCAGCUACAAUUGUACCGAAUGAAUGACCUUACACCGUUACACGCUGGCUUUCUGCGAAGGAAUUAGAUUUUUUAUUUCACCCUUAUUACCAGCAAACGUACAAUGACUGCAAAAAAGGAUAAAGAUUACAAGGGGCAUAAACACGGAAGUGAGCUAAGUGCGACAGCGUUGUCGUCGAAACUAGACGCACAUCUACAGAACGGAAACACAGCGGCAGGUUUAAUCACAUCACAAGACCCUCUGAAGCGCACAAACAAACCACUCAUGGAGAAGCGUAGGCGGGCUCGAAUCAAUCAGAGUUUGGCAAUCCUCAAAGCCCUCAUACUAGAAUCUACGGUUAAAACUAAAUCCGGCGAUGGACAAACCAAACAUUCCAAGCUAGAAAAAGCCGACAUACUGGAGCUCACGGUAAGGCAUUUCCAGCGACAUCGAAACCUGGACAACCCGGCCAUCGACAAAUACCGCGCAGGCUACACCGACUGCGCCCGAGAAGUAGCACGGUACUUGGCUACACCAGAACCUCCACCACUGCCAAGUGUACCCACACUCACCGAUGCGGGUUCGAAAGCUCGAUUGCUGCGGCAUCUGGAUAACUGUAUCGCGGAAAUCGAUACGGAAAUCUGUCCUAAGGUUUCAAACGGCAGUGCGACGGAAAUAAGCAAAUCAGAAGCCAUUUACGAAAAUCAUUCCACGAUUAAGAAAACGAAAGACAUCCUGGACUACGGCGGACAGGAUUCGAAUCCAUUGGAUUUCAGUAAGACCAAUCGGGAAAUAGGCAGAUCUCCGUUCGCGUAUCGAAGUCCUUCGACGGAACUUGGAUUGCUUACACCGACACCGAAAUCGCACCAUCAAGACGAGAACAACAACCGAGGAAACCACAGGGCAAAAUCACUGCACUCACCGCAGCCUUUGGUGGUGCAUCAUAUGGACGAAAUGGCCCACAGCAGUGACCUGAUCGGAGUUCAAGCUCAACCAGGCAGCAGUUCUGGGGUCGUAGCACCAUUCGCGAGCCAUGUUUCUCUCAACAAAAUGAUACUAUCACAGCAGCAGAAGCUUAUUGAUAUGAAUAGCCUCAAAAGUUGCCGUAUCGAUCCGGUUACCAUCAAGCAAGAGUCGGGCCUUCUUGCCAGCGGAUACACCACCUCACCCGCUAUCUCUUCUCCAACGCCAUCUAACGGAAACUUGGAGUCUGAUAAGGAUGUCUCAAAUCAUUCCGAGCAUGUCGCACCCCCUGUGUACCCACCCCAGGUUCGAAUCAACGACGGUCAAAUGGCCCUUCUUUUACCUGAUCACUACAUCCAGCUGGCAACAGCUCUAGGUCUAAAUACUCAACCUAUCGUAGAACAUACCCCUGCACCUCCUGCCACCGACUUCGAGUCACUGAUCGAACAAAACCGUCGCCACGCGGCCAUGCACGAAAAAAUGACCGCAGACAUUCUAGCCAACCUUCACUCACUUCCCGAAAACGUAGACGAAAACUACUGGGAAUUGUACAAGAAAUCUCUGGGAAUUCCGGACUCAAUAAGUAAAAUGACACUAGAGGACGUGCGCACUUUGAUGGCGAAGUCAGCUCCUAAGCCUCCCACACCACCACCGGUUACCAAGAUGGAAGUAGACGAUCCCGUUGACGAAAAACCUUUCUCCGUCACCGAUAUGGGAGAUGGCGAGAACGACUGCUCUAAUCACAGCAUCAAAAAGGAAACUGACCCAGCUAGCCCGCAAGCAUCCAUAUCACACGAGGCAACAGAGGAUAAGCAGCGAGAUGAUUCUGAUAAUCCGGCAGGACCCAGCAGCUCGUAUGAAAACAUUUCUUCAAAUGAAGGUCCUUCGCAUGAUCAGCACAAUGACGGUUCAAGCGAUGACAGUAUGUGGCGACCCUGGUAGAAAGGCAAUAGAUAAUUCUGUACAUAUGCCAUAACUCGUGCAAUAUUUUAACGGCAUAUUAAGAUAAUGUGGUAUUGUCCUAAUGUCAUCCCUAUAGAUCUCUAGAUCAAUCAGUAGACUUGGAGUGUAAUUUUUAGAUUACCCAUAUGGAUAACAGAAGCUUUAUAACCUCUUCGCCAGUUCAAGCACCUGCUGAGAAGACUACACUACAAGAAUACAUACUACCUUAAAACUUCUGCAUAAAAAUGAGUGCCAACUCGUAGCUCUUUGGCAUCCCAUAUUUAGAGAACAGUGUAUUCCCAA